AUGGCAGAUGGCCCAGAUAAGACGGACGAGCUCUACCCAAUAGCCGUGCUCAUUGACGAGUUGAAGCAUGAUGAUGUUCUUCUACGAUUAAAUGCGAUCCAUCGCCUCUCAACUAUCGCACUCGCGCUGGGAGCUGAGCGCACGCGGGACGAAUUGAUUCCUUUCCUAGACGAAUCUGUUGAAGAUGAAGAUGAAGUCCUGACGGCCUUGAGCGAGGAACUGGGGGGUUUUGUCGAAUAUGUUGGUGGUCCAGAGUGGGGUCAUGUCCUGCUUUCACCGCUUGAGAAUCUUGCAGCAAUCGAGGAACCUUUAGUACGAGACAAGGCUGUCGAGUCCUUGAACACAAUUUGCGACGAGCUCUCUUCUAAACAGGUCGAAGAAUACUUUAUUCCCCUCACGAUUCGACUGUCCAAAGCCGACUGGUUCACAUCAAAGGUUUCUGCGACUGGCCUAUAUAAUGUCCCCUACAAAAAGGCAUCACCUCCCAUGCAGGAGCAACUUCGACAUCAAUUCGGGCUCCUUGUCCAUGACGAGACCCCCAUGGUCCGGAGAGCAUCUGCAAACAAUCUAGCAAAAUUUGUAAAGGAGAUGCCUGCGACGAUUGUCGUCGAAGAAAUGAUCCCCCUUUUCCAGCAUCUUGCCAGCGACGAUCAGGAUAGCGUCCGGUUGUUGACCGUCGAGAUAUUGAUAGCGAUUGCCGAGGUUGUCCCGAAAGAGCAACAAUCAAGUCAUGGGGUCCUUCUCACAGCACUGAGAAGUUUGAUUGAGGACAAAAGCUGGAGAGUUAGAUAUAUGGUGGCAGACAGAUUUGAGAAGAUUGCGAAGGCUGUAGACGAUGAGGUCGUUGCCAGAGAUCUUGUUCCCGCUUUCGUUAAACUACUCAAGGACAGCGAAGCAGAGGUCCGGACCGCAAUUGCAGGCCAAAUCCCAGGCUUCUGCAAGCUGGUCGACCGGACAACUCUUCUGAACGAUAUCAUGACUACCAUAGAGGACUUAGUCUCCGAUACAUCUCAACACGUUCGGGCCGCUCUUGGCACGCAGAUCAGCGGACUCGCGCCUAUCCUCGGGAAGCAAGAGACGAUUGACCACCUUCUCCCCAUGUUUUUGCAAAUGCUCAAAGAUGACUUUCCCGACGUUCGUCUGCAUAUCAUCUCGAAGCUCGAACUGGUCAACCAAGUCAUCGGCAUUGAGCUCCUCUCGCAAUCCCUUCUCCCUGCCAUCGUUCAACUCGCCGAGGAUAAACAAUGGCGAGUUCGACUGGCAAUCAUCGAGUACAUCCCGUUACUGGCCAGUCAACUGGGUGUAAAAUUCUUCGACGAGAAGUUAGCCGCAUUGUGUAUGGGAUGGCUAGGUGACACAGUGUUUUCUAUCCGAGAGGCUGCAACACAUAAUCUCAAGAAACUUACUGAGGUAUUUGGUGUCGAAUGGGCUAAUGAAGCCAUUAUUCCAAAGGUUAUGGCUAUGGGCGCACAUCCCAAUUAUCUCUACCGAAUGACGACCUGCUUUGCGAUUACGACACUCGCACCAGUAGUCAGCCUCGAUGUGGUCGCAAAAUCUAUUCUCCCAAUGAUGGAUAAACUAGUUGUCGACGACAUCCCAAAUAUUCGUUUCAAUGUCGCCAAGUCAUAUUCCGAAUUGAUCUCGGUCCUUAAACGCCUGCCUGAUGAGGGAACGAUCUACUCACUGGAGAAAUCGGGCGAGUCAACACAGCCCUCCGCCAGAAGCCAGGUGUUAAUCCAAGAGAGAAUCUUGCCGAAUUUAGAAAAGCUGCAGAAGGAUGACGAUGUUGAUGUUCGAUUCUUUGCUACGACGGCGGCUGCAUCAAUCGAGGGCGAACCAAUGAAUACAUCACCAUAG